AUAUUUUCCUUUCCUGGCUAAACAGAAACCUGGGUACCCGGAGUGUGAUAUUCUGACCAACGUUUUUGCAAUUCUCUCAGCAAAGAAUCUCUCUGAAGCCACAGCCUCUAUUGUGAUGGAUAUAGCCGAUGACCUUCUUAACCUUCCAGAUUUUGAACCCACAGAAACACUUUUGAGCUUGCCAGUAACUGGAUGCGUAUACACAGAAAGUGCAGAUGAGUCUAUCACGAUGGGAGGACAAUUAAUUCUACCUCAUGUUCCUGCAAUUCUCCAGUAUCUCAGCAAAACCACAAUAAGUGCAGAAAAGGUGAAAAAGAAGAAGAAUAGGGCACAAGUCAGUAAGGAACUUGGCAUUCUGUCAAAGAUCAGCAAGUUCAUGAGAGACAAAGAACAAAGUUCUCUACUCAUUACACUUCUUCUUCCUUUCCUCCACCGUGGCAAUAUUGCUCAGGAUACAGAGGUUGAUAUUUUGGUGACAGUGCAAAACCUGUUGAAACAUUGUCUGGAGCCUACAAGCUUCCUCAAGCCUCUAGCAAAACUCUUUUCGGUUAUUAAGAAUAAGUUGUCAAGACAAUUGCUUUGUACAGUUUUCCAGACUCUUUCUGAUUUUGAGAGUGGAUUAAAAUAUAUUACUGAUGUUGUCAAGCUUAACGCCUUUGAUCAAAGACAUCUUGAUGAUAUCAACUUUGAUGUUCGCUUCUCAACAUUCCAGACCAUCACCUCUUAUAUUAAAGAGAUGCAAACUGUGGAUGUUAACUACCUAGUUCCAGUUAUGCAUAAUUGUUUCUAUAAUAUGGAGUUAGGAGACAUGUCUUUAAGUGAUAAUGCCAGCAUGUGCCUGAUGAGUAUCAUCAAAAAACUAGCUGCCCUGAACGUCACAGAGAAAGAAUAUAGGGAAAUCAUUCAUCGUUCACUCCUGGAGAAGUUGAGGAAAGGAUUGAAGAGCCAGACAGAG